CACCUGUAGAAGAAAUUAUGGAGGUACAGAAAGCCAAGCCUAAAGAGGAAGCUGCACCCCCUAAAAAACCAGAGGAGAAAAAGCCGGAACCUAAAAAAAUUGAAGAACCUAAAAAAGUUGAGGAGCCGAAAAAAGUGGAGCCACCCAAAAAAGUUGAGGAGCCGAAAAAAGUGGAGCCACCCAAAAAAGUCGAGGAACCCAAAAAAGUCGAGAAACCCAAAAAAGUCGAGGAACCCAAAAAAGUCGAACCCAAAAAAGUCGAGGAACCCAAAAAGCCAGAAGAAAAAAAAACAGAGCCUAAGAUACCAGAAGAAGUGAAAAAACCGGUCGAGGAACCCCAGAAAGCUGUGGCCCCAUCCAUAGUGGUGGAUGAGGAUGACAAAG